GGAUCUCUGAGACCAAUGAUUUGGCAAGUUGUGGGAGUGUUCAUUUUUAAGUUUACACUUUCUUUAUACAAAAAACAAACAAAACCUUUCUUUUUACCGUUACAGACAAUUACUCUAAGAUUUAAAUGAAAAUCAUUAUCAAUGAGAACUAAUUAAAAUAAUACCGUAAAAAUUAAGCGAACAAUUAAAACGUUCGCACAAUGUCGAAUGCAACUGUAAACAUAAAGUUCCAGUGGGGCUUGAAGUCCUCAGAUCCCGAACAACUACCAGUUUUGGUCAUAGGGCAGUCAGGACAUCUGAAUCAGCUUUCUUGGAGUGAUGUCCGCUGUAAACUUGAGCCCAGAGUCACUGAGGAGGCAUGGAAACGAGGUCUAUCUUGUGUAUCAACAUCACCGGGUGAAUCCUGUGAGCUGUGGCCUCGAGCCGUGACAUUGGCCUCGUUACCAGCACGGCGCUCUCGUCAUGCAGCACCUUCAAGGGCUCAUGCCCUGGCCAAAAUUGUUAGAGCAACUCAGCGUACUACCGAUGAGGCUAUAGUGCUGGUGUGCCGCAAGCGCGACGUGUACGCGAGCUGCAUGGGCAUCGCCCGCUCCUACCCGCUGUACCACGCGCGCUCCUCGCCGCCGCCCGCGCGCGCGCUCUCCGUCGAGAUCCUGCUCGUCGCCGAGGACAAGCUCGAAGGUGAAUCCGAAGACGAGGGUGUGGGACCCACAGACCCGUCGCUGCUGGACGGAGCGCUGUCCCUCGAGGAACUGACCACCAUCCACCAAGCGGCCGACGCUACUCGCCUGGCCGCCAGGAUCACCGACACCCCUACUAAUAUAAUGAACGUCGAUAAAUUUAUUGAGGAAGCGUGCAACGUGGCCAAGGAGCUGGACAUCCCGGAGCCGUGCAUCAUCCGCGGCGAGGAGCUGCGCGCGCGCGGCAUGGGCGGGCUGUACGGCGUGGGGCGCGCCGCCAGCUGCCCGCCCGCGCUCGUCACGCUGUCCUACGCCGCGCCCGCCGCCGCGCGCACCGUGGCCUGGGUCGGGAAGGGCAUCGUGUACGACACCGGCGGCCUCAGCAUCAAGGCGAGGGCCUCGAUGGUGGGCAUGAAGGGCGACUGCGGAGGCGCCGCUGCGGUGCUGGGAGCCUUCGCCCUCACCGUCAAAGCGAAGCCCGAGUUUAACCUGCACGCCGUUCUUUGCCUCGCCGAGAACUCCGUAGGACCUAACGCCACGAGGCCUGACGACGUGCACACCCUGUAUUCUGGACGCACCGUCGAGAUCAACAACACGGACGCCGAAGGUCGGCUGGUGCUGAGCGACGGCGUGGUGUACGCGCACCGAGACCUCAAGGCCGACACCAUCGUGGACGUGGCAACACUCACCGGGGCGCAGGGCACGGCGACGGGCAAGCAGCACGCGGCGGUGCUGUGCAACGGCGCGGCGCUGGAGGCGGCGGCGGUGCGCGCGGGGCUGCGCUGCGCGGAGCUGGCGCACGCGCUGCCCUUCGCGCCCGAGCUGCACUUCGCCGAGUUCACCAGCUGCGUGGCCGACAUGAAGAACAGCGUCGCGGACCGCAACAACGCGCAGCCGUCGUGCGCGGGGCUGUUCAUCCUGGCGCACCUCGGGUUCGACUUCCCGGGACAGUGGCUGCACGUGGACAUGGCCUCGCCCUCCGUCUGCGGCGAGCGUGCUACCGGCUACGGGGUGUCACUACUGGCCGUGCUGUUCGGCGCGCGCACCGGGUCCCGCCUGCUGCGCGCGCUUAGCCCCCUCGGUCGACUGUGAGCACCGCCCCAGGGUCACCGGUGCUCAUCGCCCACGCGUGUGAGUACACUAAUCAAAAGAAACGCCCGGACGUACGGGACCGGGUUACGGUGGAGAAACAACAAAUUAGGUACAAUUUAUAGUUUUUUAUAAAUCUAUUUUAUAGUAAGCAUAAUAAUUAACUUUAUUGGUUAUUUUAUGAAUAAAACCAUCCUGACACUCUAACGCUGGCAUGCGUGCGACAGUAGAUGAUGUCCAGAGACCGCGUCGCUAAGGAUACAGAAACACGUACUUUGAAUGUCGAUAAGUAUAGUACGUCGAUGAAAAUAAUAUUGUUUAAUAUCUCAAAAUCUAAUAUUAAAAGGCAUUUGAAAGAAGAAAAUGUGUCAAGUUACGCGAUCCCGCGCCACGUACACGGCCGCUCUGAUUAUAACCCGAAGUUUCAAAGGGCUCAAUCAGCACGCAAUGUACAGCAUCGAUUUUGAUAAUAUUGUUUUAAGUCAGUCAAAAUGUUCAUUGGUUCAUGUUAUUGACUAUGUCAGUAGCCGGUAGUAGGGAGGCCCGACCUGACACAUAUCGGUCGGGAAGCUGGCAUGCCUUCCGGGCUGGAAGACCUCAUGCCUCAAGGUAACGGCCCAACUGGCGUUAAGUGAUCACCAGUGAUCACCGGAGCUCACCACAGCCCGAGUUCCAUAGCGACGUUGAAACCAGUUCGUACCCUCAAUUUAGCAUCGGUAUGAUUUUUUGUAUGACACAGCGAUAUAGCGCAUAGAUAUACAGUAAUGCCCCUUAUAACACGGUACCCUUAUAAUGUAUUUUCAUAUAACGCGAUUUCAGUCCCUAGUAUAACACGGGCAUUCCCCCAUAUAACGCUGGGAUUUGUAACGUUAUAUUUCUGUACUGUGAAAUUUAAUAUCUGUACAGUUCAUAAUGAAUUUGGCGUACCUUUGCACAUUGUGUCAAUUGUGUUGUUAUAAAAAUAAAUUAAAUUAAUUUAUUCAAUUUUUGUUCCUAGUUUUUGAAUUGUAAAAACAUUGGCAUUAUUGUAUUAUAUAUGUACAUAUAUAUUUUUUGUAUAUAACGCGUUAUAUGGGGUCAUACAAAAGCGUUUUUUGUGAAUACUACAACGCGUUUCCUAUAACGCGGAACCAAUCUACCGUGUAAUAGGGGGAAUUACUGUAAAUAUAAAAAAAAAAAGGUCUGUAGCGAAGUGUCGCUGCCAGCAACGCGAACCAACGAGCUUCUUAAGAAAAUAGAGAGUACUAAACAAAAAUCAGAUUUUUUUUAUUAUUUUUUUAUAAUUAUUAUCCAUUAUAUUUAUUUAGGUACAAACAUAAUUUUGUUCUAAACGACCUUCCAAAAUGAGCGAUGUGGGGUGAUAAUAUUUUAACAUUAAUAAUUUUUGUAUGCAUUUGAUCCGCAUUGAAAAAGCGCCUUAAAAUAAAACGAAUAAGCAAUAUUAAGUAAUUUAAUUAAUGUACAAUAAAACUGUUGUUUGUAAAAUUGUUACCAUCUCGUUCAACUUAUACAAAAUGUAAUGUUGUACUAUAUUAAUGUAUUUGUAAGUGAAAAUAGCGUGGGAAGUAUUUUAAUGCUUAUCUAGAAUACAGGGUUUUGUGUAUCCUUCAACUAUUUGAGUCGACUAUUAUCAAAGCCGGCAAUGUGACUUUUGGACAAUUAUUGGUAAAUCAGAAAAACGAAUUAUUGACUUUGUAUUCCAUUGGCAGCCACAAAACUCUUCUGAACGAGAUCUUAGAUAAAUAACAGGUUAAGUAUUAACCUUUAUUUAAUGCAGGUUUUGAACCGUAUUCUUUGAAGGAGACGAUUAUAUUCAAAUCAAUCUGUAUUGACAUAUCAAUAACAUUUUCUUGUUCAAAUGCACAGAUUGCCACCUUUGAUAAUAGACGACUCAUUUGUUGUUCAAAUCUGAAAAAUAAUUCACUUGCUGAUUCAUUGCCUUAAUGUGAUGAAUUAAAUAAAAAAUCUGUUGUUUUUCAAUUAAAGACCAUGAAUAUAUUUAGUAGCCAAAUUAAAAGGCAGAUUUUUUUUUUUAGUAAUAAGUAAAUAAAUGUGUUCCAUCAGAACCAAGUCGCAGUGUCACCUUAUAUUUUUAUUAAGGAACUAUGUGGUAUUACCGAUCACUAUUCUAACAUUUUAUUCUUUUUUUUUUGCAAAAUAAAAAACUUAAUAUUUGGGUA